CGCACGGUAGUCCCUCCCCCGCCCCGCCCCGCCGGCGUCCGCUUCCUCCCCGCAGGAAGAGGCGUCCCGCUGCCCGCCGAGCCCACGCGCGCUCGGUCCGACGUGGGGAACGAGCCUGCCGGACUCGGGCCGGAUGGCGGCGCCCCCGCUGGGCCGCCUGGUGCUGACCCACCUGCUGGUGGCCCUCUUCGGCAUGGGCUCGUGGGCGGCCGUCAACGGGGUCUGGGUGGAGCUGCCCGUGGUGGUGAAGGACCUGCCCGAGGGCUGGAGCCUCCCCUCCUACCUGUCCGUGCUGGUGGCGCUGGGGAACCUGGGCCUGCUGGUGGUGACGGCGUGGAGGCGGCUGGCCCCGGGCAAGGGCGAGCGGAUACCCAUCCGGGUGGUGCAGGCGCUGAGCGUGGCGGCCACGGCGCUGCUGGCCCCUCUGUGGCACCAUGUGGCCCCCGUGGGGGGGCAGCAGCACUCCGUGGCCUUCCUGACGCUGGCCUUGCUGCUGGCCAUGGCCUGCUGCGCCUCCAACGUCACUUUCCUGCCCUUCCUGAGCCACCUGCCGCCCCCCUUCCUGCGGUCCUUCUUCCUGGGCCAGGGCCUCAGUGCCCUGCUGCCCUGCGUGCUGGCCCUGGUGCAGGGCGUGGGCCGGCUCGAGUGCCUGCCGGCCCCGGCGAACGGCACGCCGGGGCCCCCCGUCAACUUCCCCGAGCGGUUUUCAGCCAGCACCUUCUUCUGGAUGCUGACUGCCCUCCUGGUCACCUCGGCCGCCGCCUUCCAGGGCCUCCUGCAGCUGCUGCCGCCCUCGCCCUCCGCCCCCGCGGGGGGCUCCGGCCCUGGCCUGCAGGUGGGAGCCCCGGGGACCGAGGAGGAGGCCUCGCCGUUGCAGGAACCGCCAGGCCAGGCGGCAGGCACCCCUGCCAGCCCGGAGCCCGAGGCCCGCCGGCUGCUGUCGGCCCGCACCGCCUGCCUGCUGGGCCUGCUGGCCGCCACCAACGCGCUGACCAACGGCGUGCUGCCCUCAGUACAGAGCUUCUCCUCCCUGCCUUACGGGCGCCUGGCCUACCACCUGGCCGUGGUGCUGGGCAGCGCCGCAAACCCCCUCGCCUGCUUCUUGGCCAUGGGCGUGCUGUGCAGGUCCCUGGCAGGCCUGGGUGGUCUCUCGCUGCUGGGUGUGCUCCUUGGGGCCUACCUGAUGGCGCUGGCGAUCCUGAGCCCCUGCCCCCCGCUGGUGGGCACCUCUGCCGGGGUGGUUCUCGUGGUGCUGUCGUGGGUGCUGUGUGCCGGCGUGUUCUCCUACGUGAAGGUGGCCGUCAGCUCCCUGCUGCACGGUGGGGGGCGGCAAGCCCUGCUGGCGGCCGGCGUGGCCAUCCAGCUGGGCUCCCUGCUCGGGGCUGUCACCAUGUUCCCGCCCACCAGCAUCUACCGCGUGUUCCGCAGCGGGCAAGACUGCGUGGACCUGUGUGGGCCCUGAGCCUGGGCAGGCAGGGGCCUCGCUCCCACCCGUCUUCACCUCAAGGCUGCAGGCACUCGGGCAAGCUGGACGCACCUGCACACUCCACAGGACACCCUGCGCUGCGGGGUAGGGACCAGAGAGCCGGGUUGAGCCGUGGGCUUGAUCCUGGACGGCGGUGGGGUUUGUACAAUAAAGUAUGUCUGCGUGG